AUGGUGAAUUUUGUAUCAACCCUAUUAUUAGGGUUAGCUGCUGGUCACGCUAUCCCAGGGAUUGGGUCGAUUGAAAAACAGUUGGUGGCUCGUGAUGAAAACUAUAUGGAUUCAGUUUAUAAUAACUUACCGGAUCAAGACAUUGAUUUCAUUAAUUAUCAUUUGAAAGGCUUGACGGGUUAUAAUGGUACUGAUUGUAAUAAGUGUAAAAACAAGAUUAAGUACGGUCAAAGUUUAUUACACGAGCAACCAGAUAAGAAGCAUUUAAUAUCUUUAUUACUUUUCAAAUAUUGUAUUGAAGAAAAUAAAGGGAAGGAAUCUAAAUGUGAUAACAUUGAUUUUUUCGUUACUACUAAUUCCUUGAAUUCAAAUACUGAAUCUGGAGAUUUUGCCGGUUAUCAAUCAGAAACUAGUAUUAAUUUUUAUGAUAAUGACUUUUUAUCAAUGUUAAAUUUUUUCAAUGUGUCUUCUGAUUUGGAUUUAGAGUAUUAUUGUCACUUCAAAGCUAAGAGUUGUGAGUUACCAGAAACUCCAGAUAUCGAACGAUACGAUUUUGAUUCCAAAUGGCCUGCUAAACAACCCCAUCAGUAUUUUGAACCAACUUAUAAUGAAAGCCGUGAAUUGUUCAAUGUCUUACAUAUAAGUGACUUCCAUAACCAGUUGAGAUACGCCGUUGGUAGUGAAGCUAACUGUACCAGUAAUGGUCUUUGUUGCUUACCGGAAGUUUACAAUGAAGAUUUACCAAAGGAUAAGAAUCAUAAUUUUACUGAUGUCUAUUAUGAUUUAGAUCCAAGUUUGGAAAAUGGCGAAUUGAAUAUCAGUUUCUAUCCAAAUGCUCAUUAUGAUGAAAAUAACCAAUACGUUAAAGGUGAUUACUAUGAUUAUCCAAAAUACCGUGGUUGGGAUUUUAAUUGGUUACCUGCCACCACUUUUGGUAAUUACGAUUGUGAUCCUCCAGAAACUUUAAUGAAUAAUAGUUUGAAAUAUAUUAGUGAAUAUAACCAAAGUUAUGAAUUCUCAAUCUUCACUGGUGAUAUCGUUGAUCAUGAUGUUUAUCAUUGUGAUGCUAAUACAACAAAAUUUGCUGAAGUUAGAAGUUAUGGUAUUAUGAAACAUUUCUUGAAAAAUUUAAGUGUUUACCCUACUUUAGGUAAUCACGAUACUUUCCCUUACGGUCAAUUACCAAGCUUGAAAUUAUCAAAUCAUCUUGAUACUGAUAAGAGUAGCUACCAUUGGAAUUCAGAUUUGUUAAGUAAAUUGUGGACUUCAAAUGAUUGGUUGCCCAAGCAUGACAUGGAUCAAAUUGCUAACCAUUACGCUGGUUUUGCAACCGUUACCAAAAAAGGUUUGAAAAUUAUUUCGCUCAAUUCAAAUUGUUACUAUCAAAAAAACUUAUGGGCUUAUAUUGGUUUAGAAGAAGAUCCUGAUUUAUUCGGUCAAUGGGAAUUCUUGAUUAAUGAAUUGGUUGAAAGUGAAAAAACUGGUCAAAGAGUCUGGAUCAUGGCUCACAUUCCAGCCGGUGAUUCAUCUGCAUUACCUAUUCAAUCAAGUAUUUUUGCUAAGAUUGUCAAGAGAUUUUCUCCUUAUACUAUUGCUAAUAUUUUCUAUGGUCAUACCCAUAAAGAUCAAUUCAAAAUUUUAUAUAACGAUACUGAUCCUAUCAACAUGGCUUGGAUUUCCCAAGCAAUUACUCCUUUGGGUCCUUCCAAUCCAAGUUGGAGAUAUUACCAAGUUGAAGAUGAAUCUUUCAAUAUCAUCAAUUCUUUUAAUUACUAUACCGAAUUGAAUAAAACUUUCACCAAUGACGGUAAUGAACCAGAAUGGUUAUAUGAAUAUAGUGCAAGAGACACCUACGACCCAGAACAUGAAUGGCCAGAAAAAGCUCCAUUAAAUGCAACUUUUUGGAACAGAUUUGUUGUUGAGCCGAUCAAGAAUGAAAGUAACAUUGAAUUCAAUCAAAAAUAUACCGACCUUCUUCAUCGUUUUGCACCAGGUACUCCAGACUGCAAAAAUGGUUCUGUCAUUAGUGAUCAAUGCUAUACUGAUAACAUUUGUGAUAUGAGUUCCUUUACAAGCGAUGAGUAUAACAAGUGCCAAAGAGGAAGUUUUGAUUAA